AUGGAGAAGUCAACACUCGCCACAGACAUCCGGCCGGAUGUCCCGCUUGAGAAUGAGGACUACGAGGCGAACCUCAAAGGGGAAAUGGAGCUGAAUGUUGGCGGUCGCGGAGCUACUCAGCGUCACUUACGGAACUACCAGGUCACCAUGAUCGGUUUCUGCAGUGGCAUUGGAACCGGUCUGUUCGUGGGAACGGGUUCGGCCUACGCCAAAGCUGGCCCGGCCGGUUUGCUACUCGCCUAUAUUAUCGUGGGACUGGUGCUGUGGUGCGUGAUGCAGAGUAUCGCCGAGCUGGCGACUCUGUUUCCCACGGCGGGAUCGUUUCCUCACUGGGCUACUCGCUUUAUCGAUCCGGCUGUCGGUUUCUCGCUCGCCAUCUCUUACGGAUACUGUUAUACCAUUGCAAUCGCCUCCGAAACUUCUGCCGCCGCCGUGAUCGUUUCAUAUUGGACAGAUAUAACGCCGGCCGUCGUAAUUACGGUCGGUUUGGUUUUGAUUUUGGCAAUCAACCUCAUGAGCGUGCGUUUCUACGGCGAAACGGAAGUCAUCGGCGGCGCCGUCAAGGUCCUCUGCUUCCUGGGCUUGGUGAUCGUGUCCAUUGUCAUCACGGCUGGCGGUGGUCCGAACGGCGAGGCGAUCGGCUUCCGCUUCUGGCACGACCCCGGCGCUUGGACAGACUAUAACGGCAUCACUGGUUCCACGGGCCACUUCCUCGGAUUCCUGUCCUCCUUCGUCAACGCCUCGUUCAGUUUCAUCGGCGUGGAGACCGUCGUCAUCACUGCUGCUGAGUCUGUCGACCCGCAUCGCGCCAUUCCCAAGGCCGCCCGCCGUGUGACCUACCGCAUUGCCUUUUUCUAUAUCCUCGGUGCCCUGCUCAUUGGCAUCAUCGUGAGCCCGAAUGCCAAAGAUCUCACCUCCGGCUCUGAUAACGCCAACAGCUCUCCCUUCGUCAUCGCCAUCAAGGAAGCUGGUAUCAGCGCCCUGCCGUCUAUCGUGAACGCAUGUAUUCUCGUCGCCGCCUGGUCCGCCGGUAACUCAUACUGCUGGGUUGGAUCGCGCAUGAUCGUGGCCAUGACCACCGACCACCAGCUGCCCCAAAUCUUCGGCCGCUGCACCAAGAACGGUGUUCCGUAUGUUGCAGUUAUCGUCGCCUGGCUAUUUGGGCCUCUCGCUUAUUUGAGUCUUGGAUCCGGCGGUGCCGCACAAGCAUUCACCUGGCUUCUCAACCUGAGUACCGUUGCUGGGUUGAUCGCAUGGGCCACUCUCUGCGUCUGCUACAUCCGCUUCCACGCCGCGAUGAAAUCACAGGGCGUUUCCCGGGACACGCUGCCCUGGAAGGCCCCAUUCCAACCAUAUGCCGCCUGGAUCGGCUUCAUUGGGUCUAGCAUCAUCACCCUGGUCGCCGGUUUCCCCGUCUUCCUCAAGGGUAAUUGGAACACAUCGAACUUUGUCGCCUCAUAUAUCGGCAUUCCCCUUUUCAUUGUGCCGAUUCUGGGCUGGAAACUCUGGCACAACACCAAGUUCCAACGCGCUGCCGCCAUCGACCUUUGGUCCGGCCGUCUCCAGGAUGGAGAGAUCAUGCCGCAUAAGAAUCCGCACAACACCUUGUGGGGUCGUUUUAUCGAGUGGCUCGUAUAA